AUGGUCAACUCCUGUUGUGGCUCUGUCUGCUCUGAGGAGGGCUGUGGUCAAGGUUGUUGCCAGCCCAGCUGCUGCCAGACCACCUGCUGCCGCCCCAGCUGCUGUGUGUCCAGCUGUUGCAGACCCAGCUGUUGUCAGUCUGUGUGCUGUCGGCCCAGCUGCUGCAUCUCCAGCUGCUGUCAACCUUCCUGUGGUGGUUCCAGCUGCUGUGGCUCCAGCUGCUGCCGCCCCUGCUGCCGUCCCUGCUGCUGCCUGCGUCCAGUCUGUGGUCAGGUCUGCUGCCAGACCACCUGCUACCGCCCCACCUGUGUCAUCUCCACCUGCCCCCGCCCCAUCUGCUUCCAGACCACCUGCUGCAGGACCACCUGCUGCCGCCCCAGCUGCUGUGUGUCCAGCUGCUGCAGACCCCAGUGCUGCCAGUCUGUGUGCUGCCAGCCCACCUGCUGUCGCCCCAGCUGCUGCAGGCCCAGCUGCUGCAUCUCCAGCUGCUGCCAACCCUGCUGCCGCCCCAGCUGCUGCAGGCCCAGCUGCUGCCAACCCUGCUGCCGCCCCUGCUGCCGUCCCUGCUGCUGCCUGCGUCCAGUCUGUGGUCAGGUCUGCUGCCAGAGCACCUGCUACCGCCCCACCUGUGUCAUCUCCACCUGCCCCCGACCCAUGUGCUGUGCCAUCCCCUGCUGCUGA